AUGAUGCUGCAUCUCUGGCGUUUGGCCGGGACUGCCAGUCUAUGGGUGUUUUUCUUUGGGCAUGCGGUGGGUGAUGAGUUCGGGACCUGCACCUUGGGUUCUUGCGAACCCAAGUCCUUGACCUUGGCUACAGUGCCACAGAGAAUUGUGGAUGCCGAGUAUGCUGUGCGGGGAGAGAUCGUGACGCGAUCCAUGAAGUUGGAGAAGCUGCUGGAAGAAGGCAACACCUCUCUACCCUUCGAUGAGCUAGUACCAUGCAACAUUGGGAAUCCUCAGGCUGUGGGAGCACGCCCUCUGACGUUCCAUCGGCAGGUGCUGUCCCUGCUGAGCAACCCGCUAUUGAUCGAGGAGGCAGCUUCACUGUAUCCCGCGGACGUCAUGACGAGAGCGAAGGACUACAUGGCCAAGAGUCCAAAGUUCGGCGCCUACUCGCACUCCAAAGGCAUUCUCCACUUCAGGCAACAGGUGGCAAACUACAUUGAUCGUAGAGACGGACCGCUCGUGCCCCCAGCAGAUCCAGAGGAUAUCUUCCUCACUGAUGGUGCAUCUGCAGGUGUGAAGACGGUGCUAGAGGUUAUGAUCGAUGGCCCCUUGGAUGGCCUUCUCAUUCCGAUUCCACAGUAUCCGCUAUAUUCAGCUUCCAUGACUCGUCUUGGAGGAACCCAUAUAGGCUACGAAUUAGUGGAGGACUAUGCUUCUGGAAAAGGGUGGGCGAUCGAUGUCGAGGUCAUCGAGGAUAAGAUCAAGGCAUUCAUCGCAGGCGGAGGUCGCCUUCGUGGAAUUGCCGUCAUCAAUCCCGGUAACCCAACCGGCAACGUACUCAGCCGCGAGACCAUUGAAAGCAUUGUGAGGCUCUGUUCAAAGUACAAGAUGGUCAUCCUGGCUGAUGAAGUCUACCAGGAAAACAUCUGGCAUGCGGACAAGAAAUUUGUGUCUUUCAGGCAAGUGGUGCUCGAGACAGGAUUGCCCGUGGAGCUGUUGUCGUUCCACUCGAUGUCGAAGGGCUACUAUGGUGAGUGCGGCUUGCGAGGAGGAGUCUUGCACAUGACCAACAUUGACCCAGAUGUGGCUGACCAAAUCUACAAGUUGUUCUCCAUGAUUCUAUGCGCAAACACUCUUGGACAGGCCUCUAUGGCAUCCAUCUUGAAUCCGCCAGUUGAGGGUGAUGCCUCCUUCGCGCUGUUCUCUGAGGAACGCAGUGAGAUCCUGGCCAACCUCAGCAGGAAGGCAGAGCUUGUGACUCAAGCGCUCAAUCAGAUGCCGGGCGUGCAGUCUCUACCCGUGGAGGGUGCCAUGUACGCAUUCCCGCAGGUUUACUUGCCGGAGCGCUUUGUCAAGGAAGCUGAAGCUAUGGGGAAGGCUGCAGACAUGUUGUACUGCAUCAAGAUGCUGGAAGCAACAGGUGUCAUCGUGGUACCCGGCAGCGGUUUCGGCCAAAGGAACGGCACGUGGCACUACAGAAUUACAAUCCUUCCACAAGAGGACAAGUUGAGCCGAGUUCUCGAUCGGAUGAAAGACUUCCAUUUGCAGUUCUUAAAAGAGUAUUUGGGCCCUGGCGAACGAGCCAUCGAAGACAAGACCCCAACUCCUUGUCGGCCAAAGUAUUCAGAGAAGCUGCAGGAGCAAAUCAUAGAGGCGCACCUGACAGCCGAGAGGGGCCAGGCAGAACCGCAACUCUUGCUGAUGCUCGGUGGUUCCGGAGCUGGCAAGGGCGGCUUCAUGAAGGCGAUGGAGCGUCAUGGCAUGGAUAUGCGAAAAUUCGUGGUUCAUGGUUUGGAUGAGUACAUCGAAUACCUGCCAGAGUUCGAGGCAUCAAAGCAGAACGAACUGGUGGUCUUCAAGGAUGCAGCCGAUGGUUGCUACUCUGGCGUCAUCCCGAUUGCUAAAGCAGCGCAGAACGAAAUCGUGAAGCGCAAGCAGCAUGUAGUCUACGAGGACACUGGCAAAGACUUGGAGAGAAUACUCAAGCGCAUACUUCCUUUCUUCCAGAAGGCUGGCUAUAAGAUUGCGAUCGUGCUGGUGGACAAUGUUCCUGCAAUUGCCAAGCAGCGGUCGCACGGGCGGUUCUUGAGGGAAGGUCGAUAUGCCUCUGAUCAGUACAUUGAGUCAACCUUCAAGAACGUUCCAGAAAAUUAUGCCAAGCUGAAGGAACUGAACGAGGUGGCAGAGGCCUACUACUGCGACAACAGCUGCGCUGAAGGCGUUUGUCCGAAGUGCUGGCUGGACAAAGGCAUCAGGAGCGUCCUUCCCGCAGCGGCUUUGCAGUCUGGCCCUGCAUUGCGCCUUCACCCUGCAGCCAGAUAG